UAUAGCAUAUAAGCAGUACAUUGGAUGAGGAAUAAUCUCUUCGAGGAAAUGGAAAAUAGUACUGAACGGAUAAAAUGUGACUCCCACUAGAGAGCACCCUACUGAUGUGAAAACAACUCACAUUCAGUCCUUAAUUCCUACUCACGUAUUGCCUGCCAUUUUCUUCUCUUGCCCCUUAUUAUUGGAUUCUCCUUUGCAUACCAAUCAUGAUCCUCCAAUCCUGGCUUGUCAUCUGUACAUUCUGUUAUUCUUGCCUCCUGCGAACCUAUUUCAAUUUCUUUCCCUUCCAGCUGUCCUUCUAGAACUAGUGCCAUUUCAUUCACAUUUCCCUCUUACCCUUCCUCUUAUACACAUACUUAACUGGUGGCCUAUCACAAAUUAAUUUUAAAAAGAGAUAAAAAAAAGAUGCAUUUGCAUGCCUCUAAGUCACAAGCGAGGACACAAGAGAACCGAGAGGGUCACAGAGAGAAAAACAUAUUACAUCUCUGGUUUACGGCGAUGAACCAGCAACAGUGGAGGCUAUUAGUUGCAGACCACAAAAAGGAAAGACAACAGACAUGUUUAAGAGAGAAGGUUGUACGCCAGUGUGAGAGAAGCCGCGUGAAGCAGAAUUUGGUCUGGGUUUUUCUUAAACAAAAAAAGGGUAUUGGAAUUGGAAGAAAAGAAGAAAGGGAGUUUGCAACCAGGUUGCAUGAAGACGAUGAUUACCUUGUGAUCAGCGGAGAGAAAAAGAGGGGAGAAGGAGUCGAGUAUUCGAGAAUGGAGCGAAGGGUUGGCAAGUUCAUGCGCAAAUUUGUUCUUCCUAAGAAUGCUAAUGCUGAUGCUGUUUCUGCUAUCUGUCAAGAUGGAGUGCUUAGUGUUACUGUUCAGAAAUUGCCUCCUCCUCCUCAACCUAAGAACCAUAAAAGAACUAUUCAGGUUACCAUUGCUUGAAACAUGUUCAUUCAAUGAUGUUUUUCUUUCUUAGGAUCAUUUUAGUAAGUUUUUUGAAUUGAUUGAUGCCCUAGAAAGUAAUGUUUUUGUUUAUUGAUUAUGAUUUGUUUGUCUUAUA